CCCAGAGAAGAGAAGACACUUGUGCAUGCAGUUUCAGCUUGGACACACAGAAAAUGGGUUUUUCUCUUCUCUGCUCACCAGCAAUUUCAGGGGUGUUUCUCUUCUCAUUGAUUGCAUGCUGUCUCCUUCCUGAGCUUGCACUUGCAGGAGCUGGCAUUACCAGACACUACAAGUUUAAUGUCAAAUUACAAAAUGUAACACGAUUGUGCCACACGAAGAGCAUAGUUACUAUAAACGGGCAAUUUCCUGGGCCUCGCAUUGUAGCCAGGGAGGGUGACCACCUUCUUAUAAAAGUGGCUAACCAUGUCCAGAACAACAUCUCCAUUCAUUGGCAUGGGAUUCGACAGCUUCAAACAGGGUGGGCUGAUGGGCCAGCAUAUGUGACUCAAUGUCCCAUACAAACUGGCCAGAGCUAUCUGUAUAACUUCACCAUCGUUGGUCAGAGAGGCACUCUUUUCUGGCAUGCCCACAUAUCAUGGCUAAGGUCAACUGUCUAUGGUCCUCUAAUCAUUCUUCCCAAGCGUGGUGUCCCUUACCCAUUUGCCAAACCCUACAAGGAAGUUCCCCUUAUCUUCGGGGAGUGGUGGAAUGCAGAUCCCGAGGAAGUCAUUAGCCAAGCCUUGCAAACAGGAGGUGGUCCAAAUGUCUCUGAUGCCUAUACUAUUAAUGGACUUCCAGGGCCAUUGUAUAACUGCUCCAUCAGAGACACAUUCAAACUGAAGGUGAAGCCCGGGAAGACAUACCUCCUCCGCUUAAUCAACGCAGCACUCAAUGACGAGCUCUUUUUCAGCAUUGCAAACCACACCCUCACAGUCGUCGAAGCCGAUGCUGUUUAUGUUAAACCUUUUGAGACUGACACUAUUCUCAUAGCCCAGGGACAGACCACAAAUGUUCUUCUGAAGACCAAACCCCACUUCCCAAAUGCCACAUUCUUCAUGACUGCUAGGCCAUAUGUUACUGGUCUUGGCACUUUCGACAACACUACUGUCGCUGGCAUCUUACAAUAUGACUUAUUUCCAUCUAAAACCCUCUCAACCAUCUCCAUUAAAAAGCUUCCACUCUACAAACCAGUUCUUCCGCCCCUCAAUGACACUUCAUUUGCUGCAAAUUUCACAAGCAAACUCCGAAGCUUAGCAAGUUUUCAAUUCCCUGCUAAUGUCCCCCAUAAAGUUGAUAAGCGUUUUUUCUUCACAAUAGGCCUUGGAACAAGCCCCUGUGAUCAGCAAAACCAGACUUGCCAAGGUCCUAACGGAACAAGGUUUGCAGCUUCUGUUAACAACGUUUCUUUUUCACUCCCAACCACUGCCCUGCUCCAGGCUCACUUCUUUGGGCAGUCAAAUGGAGUUUAUAGCCCCGACUUUCCGAGCAGUCCAAGAAUUCCUUUUAACUACACUGGCAACCCACCUAACAACACUAUGGUGAGCAAUGGGACAAAGAUGGUGGUUCUGCCUUAUAACACUAGCGUGGAGCUUAUCAUGCAGGAUACAAGCAUUCUUGGUGCUGAGAGCCACCCCCUCCACCUCCAUGGCUUUAAUUUCUUUGUGGUUGGGCAAGGUUUUGGGAACUUUGAUCCAAAUAAGGACCCUGCAAACUUCAAUCUUGCCGAUCCUGUUGAAAGAAACACUGUGGGUGUACCUUCGGGAGGUUGGGUGGCCAUCCGGUUCCAAGCAGAUAACCCAGGUGUAUGGUUCAUGCAUUGCCACCUGGAGAUCCACACGAGCUGGGGUUUAAAGAUGGGUUGGGUUGUCUUGGAUGGAAAACUCCCAAACCAGAAGCUGCUUCCUCCUCCGGCAGAUCUUCCCAAGUGUUGACCUUCGAUUCAUUUCUUGAUUCACUGCAACUAGAAAUUCUCCUAAAUAUCUUUUUUAACCCAUUUUUUAAUUUUUCUUCACCGGAUUUGGCAUUGGCAGAUUGAUCUUCAAUAAAUUGUAUGAGGAGCUAUGGAUAGAAAAAUAGUGAACGAUCUUUUUAACUUGUAACGUUCGGAUUUCAAAUGUUAAUGC